GUUGUAACAGUAAAUACUCGUGAACUCGCAGCAGACGAAGACGACUACAAUCGGAAUAUCGACGCUAACGCGCGCUGUGCCAACGCAUUUGCAAAGUGUUAAAAAUUCUGCUAUACGCAUUUUUUCGAUAAGCCUGAAAGUAUACUAGGAAUUUAGGAAAAGUGUAAACUGCAGUUUUUGAAGUGCGAACUACACUGUGGCAGUGCGGAAAUACACAAAACUAAAAGUUUUAACAAGUAUUACCUGCGCAAGCCGAACACCUACGCGUAAUACGCAAAAAUAAUUAGACAGUGAAAUACCAAAUACCAAACACCAACACAAUUGGAGAGUACAGCACACAUAAUAUUAUAAAAUUCAAAACAAAAAGUAAAAGUAUUUUAAGUAAUAAGAGAGUAUAAGGGUAAAAUUUGAAAGAAUUUUUUGUUCGAAAAAAAAUCAUCAACUUGGCUUACUCACAAAGUCAUUGAAAGAGUUGGCGAGGAGUAAGCGACGAAAGCGGCCUAUAGUAAAAAGUGUGAUUCAUACAAUCCUUGCUACCUGCAGGCAUCGCGUAACCGCAAGUGUCCGCGGCAAAACCCACCCUCACCAAUAACAACAAAACCAAUAACAAACAUCCUUACCACCACCAAGUACAAAGCAUAGAUUUCGAAAGAACACGCUAGAGCGUAUGGAACUCGUCUGGGAACACCAGCUCAACAACACACCGUAGAUAAAUACGACAUCGACGACGACGAGGACGACGACUUCGGGAAUCGCGAAGACAAUUCUCUUCGAUUCAGCGAAUAGUAAUUACAGCUGCUUGUUUAUUCGUGUGAGCCAUAUUGGAAAAAUCGAUUACGUUUGUCGAAGUUUUCAAACGCAACGCGUAUUAACACAAUCAAGCUCAGAUAAAACAAUAAAACAGUUAUUUGUGAUUAUCAAAAGAAAUUGCCUAAACGUUUGAUGCGUAGAUGUAGAUGUGCUUGGGAUUUUUCAUAGAUUUCGAUAAAAAUUUCCAAUUCGCGUUAUUCAACAACGUCAACAAGCUCGUGGUGAACACUCAGCACGACAACAACAAAUACAACUAAGCAUCGACGCAUUAACAGAUUUGUUGCAAUCAAGAUGGGCGACGAGUACAGCCCAGAUGUCAGCUCCAUGGAGACAAUAAUUCCAGCGAUUUUGGGUUUUGCUGCCGCUGCAGCACUCUCAGCUGUGGUAUACAUUUGCGCAAAGCGAAUACGUGCACGCAACCGUAAGCAGAAUCAGCAUGACGCAUCAUUUCCCUUUCAGCCAACACGGCGCCCAACUGCUGUGCGCUCGCCAAGCGGCCAACCACCACACUAUCUGAAAAAAUCUCCCUCACCGACUGGCACCAAACAAUUGGGCAUUUUGCAACCAAUGCAAGAUCAGACCACCUCCCCGAUUGCACCACCGACUAUGAAAUAUGUGGAGGAAGAUGAGAUACAACCAACCCGACACAGUCGCCAGCUAAUGAACGGCGAACAGAAGCAUUCCCCUACCAUUGAGACACACGCCACCGUCGUUGGUCAGACCACGGGCGGUAAUGGCAACAAUAAUGGACACAAUCACUAUCAUCAUCAUCAUUUGAGUGCCAUGGAAGACACAGCCAAGGAAUUGACUAUCGAUCAGUAUGGAAAAUUGGGCACGAUUUACUUUAAGCUACGCUAUUUGGCCGAACGCAAUGCACUGAUGGUGUCGAUUAUACGUUGCCGCGGUUUACCCUGUAAGAGUGGUGGUGGCGGUUCCGGUACCGGCAAUGGCGCUAGUGGUGAUGGUGGCAGUAACAGCAAUGGCAACAAAAACGGUUCCAACGGUUCUAAUGACUUACCGACAGGCUUGAAUGGACGUACUCAAACUGCCACCGAUCCGUAUGUAAAACUUCAACUUUUGCCCGACAAACAACAUAAGGUGAAGACUCGCGUUGUACGCAAUACACGCAAUCCAGUAUACGAUGAGGAUUUCACAUUUUACGGCUUGAAUAUCAGCGAUCUACAGAACAUGUCGCUGCACUUCGUUAUACUCAGCUUCGAUCGUUAUUCGCGUGAUGAUGUCAUUGGCGAGGUAGUUUGCCCAUUAUCAUCCAUUGAAAUCGGUGACAUCUCCAAGGAGGCACUUUCUAUUAGCAAGGAAAUACAGCCACGUAGUUUAAAGAUUCGUGCUCAAGGACGUGGCGAGUUGUUGAUUUCACUGUGCUGGCAACCAGCUGCCGGUCGUUUGACUGUUGUCCUAUUGAAGGCCCGCAAUUUGCCCCGCAUGGACGUGACCGGUUUAGCCGAUCCAUACGUUAAGAUCUAUUUGUUGUAUAAUGGCCAACGUAUUGCGAAGAAGAAGACUCACGUCAAGAAGCGCACACUGAGUCCAGUGUUUAAUGAAAGUUUCGCGUUCGACAUACCCGCUGCAGAGGGUAUCGGCGCCACACUCGACGGUGUUUCACUGGAGUUGAUGCUUUUGGACUGGGAUCGGGUUACCAAGAAUGAGGUAAUUGGUCGUUUGGAGCUUGGCGGUCCCAACUCUGGUGGCACAGCGCUGAACCACUGGAAUGAAGUGUGUAAUUCACCACGAAGACAAAUUGCCGAAUGGCACAAGCUCAACGAGUAAGAUAACAACAAAAACUUACAGUAAAACAAUGAAAAGUGGAGGAAAAAUAGACGAAAACUAUUUUCGGGUAGAAAUGUAUUUCUGCUGUGGGCACAGAUUUUGUACUGAAAAUAUACAAGCUGCUAAAUUAUGUUAAAGUAAUGCAAAACCACUUACGCAUACAUACAUAUGUGUAAACAUACCACACACAAUACAGAUAUAAGCAAGUAUAUGCAUAUUUAUAUGCUAAACGCGUACAAAAGAGUUUGAACCAAUUGAAAUUCAUAAUUCCAAUUACUAAUGAAAGCGCAAGUUUGCAAAACUUAUAAAUCAGCUUUCGAUUAUAAAACUGCAAUAGCAUGCUCACCUAUAACUGUAAUAUAAGCAUAAAACCUGUACGUAUUAGCAACGCAGUUCGAAACAUGGACAGAUCACAGAAACACACACACACAAUCAAAUGUUGAAUUUAUAAAAAAAAAAACAUACACAUACAUAUGUACUUUUAAAAGAAUUUGAUGAAGUGAAACGCAAAUAAAGUAGAAGUGUGUGGUUUUGUUAGCAAAGGAUUUCAAUUAGUAGAAAAAUUUUAUGUAAUUUUACGGUAAUAUUUAGAUGGAAGGCAUUCUUUUAGAUAACUGCGUGUUUUUGCUAUUUUUAAAAAACUUUUAUUUCCGCGCUUUGCUUUAAUUUAAGCUAAAAAUUACCACAAACGUUUAAAAGGCGUUUAAUUUUCAUACAAUAAUGUGAUUUGUAAGAAAAAAUUUUUCUUUGCCUAAUUUAAAGCCUUUUCAAUGCUCAACAAGUCAGCUUUUCUUUAUAUAAAUUUGAUAUUUUUAUUUGAAUUUUAAGAGUUUCGCAAAGAAAACACCAAAUUAUAUUCAAAAUAUGUAAAAUAUGUUUGUGUAAAAAAUAGUUGUAUGAAUAUUUAGCAGACUGUAAGAAAUUAUUUGUAAAAUAUAAUACUCAAUUAUAUAAAUAUGCAGAACGGAGGCGCGAAAUUGCUACGCAGUUGCGGUAGCAAAACAGUUUUGUGCAUUUUCAACACAUAAAUUUAUUUUUGAAAGACUUAAGUUUACUUAACACAGCGAAAGUAUUCUCAGCUAGCAUUUUAGCAUAUUGGAAAACAGUUUUAUGACUGUCUUGAUAAAACAAGUUACAACAGAUACUUGCUCAUACAAAAUAAGCGUAAUACUGUAAAACAAAUGCAAAAAAAAAAAUUGAAAAACUCAAAACCUGCACAAUAACUUUCCAUAAUAUGAAAUCUGUAGUCUUCUCAAUCUACAAACUGCUGCAAGCCAAUGUCCAACCAACGUAAAUACAGAAUUCUUUCAGAAAAACCCAGUCAAAUAAAUAUGCCUCGGCACUUAAUAUUUUUUCGAAUACACAUACAUACAGACACACAUACAUACAUGCAUAUUUAAUACGUAACCGUUUUUAAAGUAGUUAAGCACACGCAUACAUAGAUAAGUACAUAAUAGAUAUAUAUAUGUUGCAGAUUAGGUGGGAAAUGUAGCAUUCUUCAACUGGGAAACCACAAAUCCGACACAGUAAAAAUACACACACGCAUGCGUGUGGAGUAAUAAGCUUAAAGUGAAGUUUAAAGUGUAGUUUUAAUAGCUGUGAGUGUGCAAAACCGUAACAGAUACCGAACCGUAAGCAGUACAAUAAAAGCUAUACAUAUAUGUUAAAUAAAAGAGAAAUAACUCAAAACAAGCAUACAUACAUAUGCACAUGUGUACUUGGUAGAUAUGUAUGUUUGUAAAACGCUGGAAUAUGUGUGUAUAUUAGUUUGUUAGUCGUAAAACACUUAAAAAAUAUACUCAACGCAUUGUUGACGAGUUUAAAUUUAUAAAAUGAAAUGCGAUGAAAUAUAACUAAAAUAAAAAAUAUGAAUUAAAUUGGCAAUUUCGUUAAAUUAAUAAAGAAAUCAUAAAUAAUUCAACACAAUGCAAGUAAAGUAAAGCACGUGAAGCCAAAGAAAGUCGAAUGAAUUACUAUAUAAACUCGGCUAGUAAUAACUGCGCUUUUGAUCAUACAUACAUACAUGUAAUAUACAUAUUUAUGUCCUGUAAAUACAUACACACUCACAUGAAGCCACACGCGUAAUUAUUUUGCGAGCAAGUCAACAUAAAUUAGAAAACUAGAAACAUAUAUAUACAUAUGUAUAUGCAUGCAAGCAUACGUACAUACAUACAGACACGUACUCGUAUAUAUGUACCACAUGCAGUGACACAUGUGCUAAAAUACAUAUGUAUGGAUAUGUACAUAUAUAUGGGGUAUUCCAUACCAAAUCGACCACUUUUGAACCCGACCCCUUUAGAUUUUGCUGAAACUUAUCCAUCCUUUUCUACCCUCUGAAAAACAUUUUUGAGAAUUAUCCCUGCUAAUCCCGGAGUGGGCCGAUUUUUUUUAUUUUUUUCAUAUUUUUUUUUUAUUUUUUCAUUUUUGAAAAUUUGACAAUUUUUUUUUAAAUUAAUUUUUUUUGGAAGUUCGCCUUUUUGUAUUUUUUUCAUUUUUGAAAAUUUGACAAUUUUUCUUUAAAUAAAUAAAAAAAAUAUAAAAAAAUCGGCCCACUCCGGAAUUAGCAGGGAUAGUUGUCAAAUUAAUUAAAGUUUUUUUUGAGGAAAAAAAAAUAAAAAAAAUGGCGAACUUCCAAAAAAAUUUAUUUAAAAAAAAAUUGUCAAAUUUUCAAAAAUGAAAAAAAUAAAAAAAAAUAAAAAAAAUCGGCCCACUCCGGGAUUAGCAGGGAUAGUUGUCAAAUUAAUUGAAGUUUUUUUUGAGGAAAAAAAAAAAAAAAAAAUGGCGAACUUCCAAAAAAAAAAAAAUGACGAUUUUACUUAAAAAAACCGAUUAUUUUAUAUAAUUGAUCGUGUUAAAUUUUUUUCGUGUAUUUUUUCGAAAAGUUCAUUCAAAAACAAAAAUUAAAAAAAAAAGAUCCCCAAAAGUCAAUUUCUACAAAAGUUAUGGCUAUUUGAAAAUAAAAAAGCCAUUUUUUUGAAAAAUUCAUAACUUUUUUGAAGUUGGACAAAAAAUUUUGAAAAAAUUCUCAAAAAUGUUUUUCAAAGGAUAGAAAAGGAUGGAUAAGUUUCAGCAAAAUCUAAAGGGGUCGGGUUCAAAAGUGGUCGAUUUGGUAUGCAAUACCCCAUAUGUACUUGUAAAUAAAUGCCGCUCAAAAAAGUUUAAAGUCCAUAACUAUUAUAUACAAACAUACAUACAUAUGUAUGUACUUAUGCAAUUAGAAGCAUAUAGGCUAACGCAAAUUAAAAUUCCUCUAAACGCUCCAUACAAAUAUCUGCGCUAAUACGCCAAGAUAGCCUCAGUUAUUGCGCGCAAGUGCUCCGAUGCUUAGAAUGACAGCAUUAGCUUAAGUGAAUUUGAUGCUUUAACAAAUUUCCGAUGAUACACAAUAUUUAGAUCAAAGACUCCACCAGUAACAGCAGCAGAAUAUUUUUCUGGGGGGUUUUUCCUUCCAACAUAUUCAUAAUAUUAAUGUUACUUCGUUAAUUAUUGUGAAUAUGAAUUGCAGCCUCUGAACCUCCCCUAAUAAACUUUCAUAAGGCUUUAGUUUAAGCCAUAAGUACAUAACCAAAGAGGGUUCAGCGUUUAUUAAGUUUGCCACAAGGUUUGUAUCACCCAAACGAGAACUUCGGAUGCGCUAUAAAGUAUAUACUUAUAUAUAUGUACAUAUAAAUGGUCAGCGUGGCGAGCUAAGUCGAUUUAGCCAUGUCCGUCUGUGUGUUCGAAGUAGCGCAUUUGUCGGAAUCAUCGAUAUCGGACAAGCAUAGCAUAUAGCUGCUAUACAAACUGAGCGAUCGACUCAAGCCUUUGUAUUCGUUAUGGUAUCUUCACGAAAACAUCGCAACAAUCUGCCAAGAAAUUGCUCAGAUCGGUUCACUAUGCAAACUGAACGAUCAAACUCAAGAUAAAGUUCUUCUAAUACUCAUUUAUGCCUUGAAGGAUAUUAUAGCUUCAGUGAAGCUGAAGUUAACGUUUUUUUCUUGUUUUGAUAAUUUUUUAAUUGUUCAUUAAUAUUAAAUUUGAUGCCUAAACUGAUUUUUGAGCAAAAUCAUAAAAUUUCCCAGCUGGUUUCUUUCAUGUUUUAUGACCUACGCUAUUUACACUUUUGACUUUAUGAAAGCUUUACUCACUCAUUACAAGUAGAUACGCUGGCCUGUCUGGGUCACAUCAUUUGCUGCACGUACUAAAAUGUAUAGUAACUCAUUAUACAUGAUAUUGGUGUAAAAGCUUUGAAAUGUGAAAGCAUUAUACAUACAUAUAUGUUGCUAAAGGAAUAGAUUAGAAAAAUUUCGGUAUGCUGUUCCACACGCUUUUGAGUUAUGUACUGCGUUGGAAGGAAUUUUGCGAAUCCUUAGUGCUUCAUUCCCCAUAGAUACAUAUGUAUACGACUGCUAACAUACAUAUCGUCACAUAGAAUGCAAAAUAACGUAAACUCACUUUUCUUAAUUUUACAGGCGAUAGAAAAACGCUGUAAUAGAAAGCACUCAUAUUGAUGCUAUAUUUUGGUUUUCCGACCUCAGAGAUAACCUAUACAUCGGUUAUCUCAGCUUGAAAAUUUACGAUAUCACAUAUAUAAUAUGAUUUAGUGAAUCAUAAGCAAUAAAAAACAAAUUUCGAUUUUUGAUGAUCUUGGUGUUGUUUUGCAUUUCAGGUGACGAUGUGUAUUUAUGUAUGUGUAGGUACAUAUAUAGAAAGUCAUGUAGUGAUUAAACAAGUUCUGUAUACAUGUGACGUGAAACAAUUUGAAAUUUCAACGAAAUGUUAGAAGCUCAAUACGGUUCAGAGCUAAGUUCUGCAAAUACUGUCUUCAGAGAUGACUGCUUUGGACUGGAAGUUCUUUACAAUUACAAGUUCAGUUUUGAAAAUAUUGCUACUUCAAGGAUGAAUGUUUUGCAUAAGAUAGUCUUUACGAUUCAAAGCUUAGCUCUUCAAAUACUGCUAUUUCAAGCUUCGCUGGCUUAAAGGUUCUUUACGAUUUAGGGCCUAGUUUAGAGAGUUCAAAUGCGCUGCUUGGAAAUAUGCUUAAGGUGAGGUGUCACAAAUUGCAUUAGAAGUUGUAUAUUUUUUUUAAAUAACCGAAAGCAACCAACAAUACGAAGCUGAAAGCCGCAAAACAAAUUGAUAAAAAAACACUUCAAUAAAUAAAUAUUUCGUAAAAGAAAGUAAUUAAAAUAAAAGAAACAAUACAAAUAAUAAUAUAUAGAGCACUCAUAGUUGUCUUUCUCUCAAAUACUCUGUUAGAUGUAAAUUAUAGUAAAAUAUUUACAUGGUUUAAGUAUGUAUGUAAAAACCAUAAACACAUACAUUCAUAUGUACGCAUACAUACAUAUAUACAUAAGAAAUAAUAAUACAGUAAAAUCUUUGCGUGCAGCCGCAGACUACAUAUGAACGGAUGUAUUUAAUAAGAAUAGACAAUUAUUAUUAUAUAUAUAUACUUAUAUAUACUAAAUAUAUUUAAGCAAUCCGGAGCUACAUACAGAAAUAAUAUAAGAAAUAUGUAAAUCAAACAGACGCAUUCAUGAGUUAAUUGAAAAGUGAACACCCUGUAUGUGUCUUAAUUUAAGAAUAUUUACUUGUGUUUACAUGCUUGACACUGCAUAAAUGCAUGAAAAUCUAUGUACACACACACACACACAUACCCAUACACAGAUGCAAUGCAUGAACAUUACAAAAAAGUGAAUUUAAAGUAAAAAGAUUUAUGCAUUAACUAAAAGCGAGUAGCUGCAAAAAAGGAAACAAAACACACAUACAUAAACAUAUUAUAUAAAUGAGUAAAUAAUAUAAUAAACUUAACAAAAACAAAA